CAGGACCACAGUGCGGCUGGAAGGAUCAGAAUGAGGUGUCUGCAUAUGCUGGUGAUACUGAAUGUGGUGUCAAUUCCAAUAAGCAAGUGUGAAGAGGAGGUUGGGUCAGAGUACCUCAGAUCUGUCAUAAACAAGCUACAAAGUGAACGGAUACAAUCAUCAGUUCUGUGGAACAGUAUCAACCUGGCUCACACUACAGAUGGAACUCACCAUGACAUAGCAGGAAAAAUCAUAGGACCAACUCCUCUUCCAACUGCAGGAACAGAGUUAGACCAGAGCCCUGCAGAACAUAUAAAACAAAAACUGCCACUACCUCAGCCUCUGUCAAAAGAGGAGCUGGCAGCUCUUUAUCAGGCAGCAGUGAAUAAGGGAGCUUUCUUGGAUUUGGCUAGCAUGACAUCUGGCUCAGUUCAAGGAGCACAGGCACUUGAGAAUUUGUUUGGUGGUCUGAAUAUGAACAAGGUCCAUGCACAGGAUGAGCAAGCCUAUUACUAUUAUUUCUUCCCUAUCAAGAGUUUCGACACUGAACCAGCUAAGACUAAUGAGGUGAAACAAAUAAGUACAGCCGCUCCGUCGAGCAAACCUGCAUCCCAAGCGGCUUCUCUGAUUCCCACUGCAAUGAUGAUUCUUGAUUCAAGCUCAAAUAAGAGCGUAGAGCCAUUGUUCAUGGCAAUUGCUGGCUUUGUUGGAAUGGCACUCAUGUUUGCUGUCUCCGUUUUAUUCCUACCAAAAUUUGGAAACCUUCGAUCCAGAGGAAUAUCAGCUCUUAAACAUGUUCCUGAUGAACUCGCAACACUUACCAAAUUAGUUUUAGAUGGCAUUGAUGGCAAAGAUUGUACUGAGAGGAUUGCCUGUGAAGUGGGGCAUGCUGUUCGAAGAAUGCAACUGGACAAGAAGCCAAUAAGGGUGCUGGAAAUUUUGUUGCCCCCUUCCCUGAGCAAGCAGCUUCAACUUAUUCGUAAGGCAGCAGCAAAGAAAGAAAAAUGCAAUUUCAUACCAUGCAAAUGGAAGGGAACUAAGGCAAUAUAAAACAGCUGUAUUUUCACAGUGAGUUUUCUAGACAGUACAGCUGUGAAGCAAACUUGUCUGCUACAUGGUUGGCCCAGCUUGAUAGCAAGAGUGUCCGACUCAUCACCUGAAACUGUGCUCACAAAGAACUCACUGUAUAUUUAAUUAUGUGCUUCAUCACUGAUAGCAAGGAUUUCAACUCAGGUGGAAGUUCACAAGUAUAACCUUCAUACCUCUGUGUUUUCAACAUCACUACUCUCCUUCAUUAUGUUUCUUACAAACUGAAAUGAAGUCAGUUCGUUGUAUGAACUAUAGUUUCAUGCAGCAUAUGCUCAAGUAAUUUAUUUAUUUAUUUAUUUAUUUGAUGACGCUGUCAGUAGCUCAGGCUAUAUAGCAACAAGUGAUAAGGUGAUCAGUAAAAUUACAAAAGGGUAAUCAGCUCUGUCCAGUGUGACUGAUAAAAU